GGAUUCUGUGCUUCUGUUAUGCUGCAGAAUGCAUGAAAGGAACAUGUUUAAUGUUAACUGCUUUUUUUUUAAUUGCAUUUUCAGAUACAAAUUUUUCUGUGUUUAACAGGUCCAAGUGCUCCCAACAUUGUAAAUCUCACCUGUCAGUCUCUGGAUAGCUUAUUUCUACAGUGGGAAAGACCUCAAACGUUCUACAGGAAUAUCGAUUACUAUCUCGUGUACUAUCGUUCUGAAGAUUCCUGGGAAUUUCAGGAACUAAUAAUGACUGCUCCCGAAGAUCGCAUUGACCAUGCUAUGUUUAUUCCCAAUUUAACUGCAAAUACUUUGUACGAAGUCAAAGUGAGAGGAGUCACUCAUAGCAUCAUAGAGAAUUCUAAGGCGUAUAAAGGACAGUUUUCGACGUCGAGAAAAGUAGUUCUUCAAAAUAAAUGUCCAAGUUUUACUGGAUCUCCGUAUACCGAUACGACAGUAAGUGCCGGAAUGGUUGCAGGAGUCAUGUGUGCAUCAUUUGCAUUAUUAUUAGCUAUCAUCUCGUUCAUUCUGUGGAGGAAAUAUUUUCAAGCGGCAUAUUAUUAUUUAGACGAUCCUCCCGGAAACAGAGCAUCGCCACAACUGUCGGAAACUUUCGAGGACUCAGAAUACGCUUCCAUUCCUAUUUCUCAAUGGUGUAAACAUGUUGCCGAUCUUCACGCUGACGGAGAUAUUGGGUUUUCGAGGGAAUACGAAAUGAUUCAACAAUCUGUCGAUCUCGAUCUCUCUUCUGAAUAUUCUCAAAUGAUCGAAAAUAAAAAUAAAAAUCGUUACGUAAACAUUGUUGCCUAUGAUCACAGUAGAGUUAUAUUAAAGUCGGUACCGGGUCAGAAAAAAUCCGCCGAUUACAUAAAUGCGAAUUAUAUUGACGGCUAUAAUAAAUCUAGAGCAUACAUAGGUACACAGGGUCCACUGCCAUCUACGUUUGACGAUUAUUGGAGAAUGAUUUGGGAGCAGAGAGUGUACAUAAUGAUAAUGAUCACCAACCUUGUAGAACGAGGAAGGGUAUGUGAUUCAGUAAUUAGAACGACGUCAGAGGAUACAUUUUCUCUAUGGCACGAACCUAGCACCUCUGAUUUGGAUGACAGUAGAAAAUGUGACAUGUAUUGGCCGAAAGAAGGAAUCGAAACGUAUGGCAUCAUUCAAGUUCGGCUGAUAGGAGAGCUUAACAUGGCCACAUACAUUCUGAGGACUUUCAUUAUUCGAAACACUAAAAUCAGAAAGAAACAAGGAGCCGAACGAACGGUCUAUCAGUAUCACUACACAAAUUGGCCUGAUCACGGAGUACCGGAUCACCCACUUCCCGUUCUCAGUUUCGUUCGAAAGUCUUCGGCAGCUAAUCCUCCAUUUGGCGGGCCGAUUAUUGUGCAUUGCAGUGCCGGUGUGGGGCGAACAGGAACGUAUAUUGUCUUGGAUGCGAUGUUAAAACAAAUACAGCAGAGACAGAGCGUAAAUGUGUUUGGUUUCCUUAAGCAUAUUCGACAGCAGAGAAAUUAUUUGGUGCAGACAGAAGAACAAUAUAUAUUUAUUCAUGAUGCUUUGCUGGAAGCCAUCGAGAGCGGUGACACCGAAAUCAAUUGUGGUCAUUUGUCGCAAUACAUACAAAAUUUGACUUCCAGUGAAAGCAACCUUAAUUCGGGUGAUAAAAAUAGUCUAACGUUACUUGAACGGCAGUUUAAGCUGCUGACCUCUUUUAAAGCCAGAGACUUUAAUGUUGUUUCUGCCUUAAAACCUUGUAAUAAAAUGAAAAACCGUUCGUUAAACCUUAUUCCUAUAGAAUCCAGCCGUGUUCACAUUACUCCGAAACCUGGCACAGAUGGUUCCGAUUAUAUAAAUGCUACGUUUUUUCAAGGCUUCACUAAGUUACGUGAAUUUAUUAUAACUCAGUAUCCGCUACAAGAAACGAUUGGUGAUUUUUGGCAAAUGGUCUGGGACCAUAAUUCUCAAACUGUUGUUUUAAUGUGUGCCGUUGUGGAGAAGGAUUAUCCGUGCUUUUGGCCCGAGAAUGACGUCGAAAUGGAUUAUGGACACUUUAAAGUGAAAAUGGUGGAAGAAAACAUUCAGGAGUGUGUAACGACGCGAGACUUUAUCCUUCAGUCAAAUCAGGAUGAGUACGAAGUUACUUGUCGCAUCAUUCAAUGCCCCGGCUGGCCGGAGGCUUUCACACCAACGAACCAGAUUUUUGAUUUAGUGCGGAUCGUGCAAGACUGGCAUCUCGAAUAUCAAAACGGCCCAAUGAUUGUUGUCGAUAGGUUUGGAGGUACAGACGCUGCAACAUUCUGUUGUCUAACAACCGUUUAUAAGCAGUUAGGUUAUGAAAACUGCCUUGAUGUAUAUAUGUAUGCUAAGUUGUAUCAUGUACGCAGACCAGGAAUAUGGAGAACACAGGAUGACAUCCUGUUUCUAUAUAAAGCCAUAGAAACCAUUAUUACGCCACCAGAAUGUGGAGAUGCAGACACUUCGUACAACAAUCAGUCUAAUAAUGGACAUGUUAAUAGCAAUGGACAUGUAGUCAAAGUUAACACGAAUGUUUGAAAUGAUUAGCAGAACGAACACCCACACCAAAUUCCAAAAAAAAAGAAAACGAGAAAAAAAAAAAAUAAUAAUACAGCAGGCCUGGUGUAUUCAAAGACCGAUCUGUCUGGGACCACACUUCUUCCAUCAGAGAGUCCACACGAUUAAGAAAAACAAGAAAAUAUUUUUCCCAAGUCUUUAGUUUUUACAAAAGUCCAGAAGACAAUUCUUGCUCAAGAUUGAUUUUCUUAGUUGAUCUCCAUUUUCUCACGGCAGCUACCGAACACUCGUAUAUAUUUCUUCUCCUGUGCUAUUUAUAGGUAGGUGACAUUCCAGAGGACAUUCGUUACACAAAGAGAAAGCUUUAUAACGAGUCAAACCGUCGGAAAGAACCGGCAUGUAAUAAGAAAAAUACAGAGUUUAGUCAUCUUCUAAGUGUAAAUUAUGAAAUUGUAAAAAUUGUUACCAAAAAAAAUCGUAGAAUAUGAAAUAGAUAGUAAUGUUUGUCGAGCGCAUCUUCGAUCUUUAUGCAUUGUUAGUGUCAGAUUUGUCUCGUAACUUAGCCAAAAAGAAAAAUAAUUAAUUUAUGUAGCAUCUCAUUUUUCACACUGCCAUUUCAUCCAUUGAUCUAUGUAAUCUAUCAUUCUCUAAAUAGCAUUUUUUCUUCCAAGAGAAUUUAUAUUGUGUCGUGAAAGGAAUUAAGUUUGGUUAAGAAACUAUAAAUAAUUCUAUCUUUUUAAAACAUAUAUA